CAGAAAAUAAAUGAAAAGUAAAACAGAGUAAAAAUGGCAGGAAAACAAGUCUGUUGUUUUUUGAGUAACUCUAAUAAAUUUUUAAAAACAAAAUUACCUAUUUCAAGUGUAAUCACUCGUAAUAAUGCUUCAUGGGAACCUAAAGACACCAUUACUCACACGGAACAGAAAUUCGAUCCCGAGGACAGAAGAUUGGUGCGAUUUGUUGACAGACCCAAGGAGGUUAAUGAAAACUGGGCGAUCAAUUUAAUUGAUGAUAUUCCACCUGAGCCCAAACCUGAUCGUGUUGUUGCUUGUGAUGGAGGUGGUGGACCAUUAGGACAUCCUAAAGUUUAUAUUAAUUUGGAUAAACCUGGAAAUCACGCAUGUGGCUACUGCGGCUUAAGAUUCUACAAAGAAGACCACCAUCACUAAUUAAUCCCGUGUAAAUAAAAUAAAAAUAAUCCAAGCUGA